GUUUAGUGAGAAGUACAAGCAUUAACGAGUUCUCUCUCUCUCUCAUAAGUAAGAUGGGCUUGACAUGUUUGUGUGUACUGCUGAUGUGGUUUUCAUGUGUUUUGUCAGCAAGACUGCAUUAUGAUGCUCGAGUGAAGCUGACAGACCAAGGUAUAAUCUGGUUGAAUUUUGAACACAAUCAUAGGAAUAUAGUUAAACUUGUCAGGAGCUCUGGAUUUAUUUGGGCUGGAGGUUCUGACAUCCUGUAUUCCAUCAACACAGCACUAAACUCCAAACCCAAACAGGUGAAAUUGCCUGCUAAGAAUGAAUGUAAAGAUAAAUCAGACUGUACAUACAACAUCUCUCUGCUCAAAGAGGGUGCUAAUGGAAGUACCCUUUUCCUCUGUAGAACAAAUAUGGGUUCUACAAUGUGCUAUCAUAUGGCCUCAAACUAUUCCCUGACUGACCCCUUUAAAAUAGGAUAUGAACUAGAUAUUAAUGAGCCAUCAUUAUUCAUUGAUAAUAUGCUGUACUUUACCAAGUCUGACAUGGGAUUGUACAGGAUUAACAGCAUGAAUACACAGGCUAUCUGGCCUCAGUCAACCCAAACAGAGCUGAAGUUUGUGAAGUUGAUCGCUGGUACAGGCCGUAACCAGGACAAAGUUUAUUCAUUCUUCACAGAAAAACACAAAAGUGCCAGUAAAGAUUUAGGAUCCAACCUGUGGAUUCCUCAAGUGUCUCAGAGCUGCAUGAAUGACAAAGGUGGACCUAAAGAUGAGCUUCAGUCCAGCUGGACAUCGAUGAUUUAUGCCCGUUUGUUCUGUGGAGACAAGGAGAGAGGAUAUCACUUCACUCAGCUGAUAGACGUCGACACAGUAGAAAAAGACAAUGACAUGAAAAUUUAUGGCUUGUUCAGAAACUAUUGGAACAUGAGUGCAGUGUGUGUUUAUAACAUGACUGAAAUCAGCAAUGUCUUCAAUAGCUUUGUAUUCAAGUCCAGCACUAAACAUCUUGUGAAUCACCAGCCUGGAAUGUGUGUUUCAGACAGUACUCGUCUGAGCAGUGACACGUUGAAGUUUAUGAAAGACCGUCCAGAGAUGGAGAAUUGGGUAAUGCCAGAGAACGGCCCCCUGUUGUUUCUACACCGUCACUACACUCACAUUCAGGUGGACAGAUUACCCAGCCAUACAGUGCUGUUUCUGGCUCUAGAAAGUGGAGGGGUCCAUAAAGUCUUAGAAGAGCGUGUUCAAAAUGGCGUCUUUGUCAUUGCGGAGUUUCAGCCGUUUCCGCAAGGAACGCACAUUACCAGUAUGCUGUUGGACAGGUCGCCGAAGCAUCUGUAUGUUAGUUCUGGUAAUGAGUUGGUACAGAUCGACCUGCAGAGGUGUGAAGUGUAUGGAAAUGAUUGUAACGCAUGUGUUCUAUCCAGAGACCCCUACUGCAUUUGGAACGGUUUGCAGUGCGCCCCUGCAAAAGAAAACUCCAUCCAGGAUCACCCUUAUUGUAUGCCUGAAGUCGCUAAAACAAAAACUGAAUUAAGUGCCACAGCAUCAGUGCAAACCAUCCCAGAAUCCGCUAGAACCUUCCUGCUCUGCCAGAUAAUAUCCUAUCAUGCCACAUACUACUGGUACCAUGGCAACACACGUGAGGAGUGUGUUCACACUGAUGCCGGCUGUUUGUAUCUCAUCGAGAGUAUGAAUGCAACUCAUGAUGGUUUAUACAGAUGUGAGUCUUCAGAAGGGGAUUAUAAGAGAACUGUUAUUCAAUAUGAGCUCCGUAUGAGUGGAUCGCAAGUGCUCAGUGUCACACCAAUAGUGUUGUUACUUCUAACAAUGUCUCACCUGCUGUUAUAGACCUUUAACAGUAUUACCUGACCCUGAUAUCACUGUCCAGCUCCUGUUUGUUUAAUAGUAUUAAUUUUAUAUGAUUAUUAUUUACAUUAUUUAUAGAAAUAAUUAACGGUAAAAUCUGCUGCUUUGUUGAAGCAAAAGGUUCAACCUUUGUUGCUGUUUACAAUGCAUUUCAGUUCUGUAGUGUUGUAUUUAUGAGUGAAAAUUUUUCCGUUGGGAGUUGUUUGGAUGGUGUAAAGUGGUCUCUAUAUGACAGGUGGUUGAAAAAUAAGAGUGCUUGGUGACGUCAGCUGAAAAGGACAUUUUUGAUUAAAUAUAUAUAUUUUUUAAUUUGAUAAAAUAUACACAAAAUAUACAAAAGGUUCACAAUAAGACCAGGAAUAUGUAUUAAGAAAGUAAAUAGGGUCUUUUCAUAAUAACUAUGAAGAACGGAAUUAGUCUUGGUUGUCUGAAACUGAAUGAAUAAUCUGUCAACAGUGGAUUGGAGAUGAUGGGCUGGUAUCGCACUGGCUUCAAAAUACUCCAAAUACAGUAUAUGAAAUGUGAAAUAUAUGGGAGAAAAAUACUUCUCAUAAAAGCCCAUUUAGUCAGUCAUAAGAGUAUAAAAAUCCAUGAGUAUCAUGCUGUCUGUGGGUGAACAUCAUGCUCUGAUGUUUGUCAUGCUUAUUGGAACAUUCAUGUGAUUUCAGAGGAAGUGGGAAGAUUUUUUUUUUUUAGUUGUUGUAAAUUUGUUGUUAUGAUCAUCAAUGUUUGUUAUUUUCAUUUAACUCAUGUAGUGUAUUUUAUUUGAGUUUUUAAUUUUUCUUGGCUUAGACGCAAGUUAUUCACUCAGGCCUAGUGUGGAGGUGGCGAUCUCUAAAAACAAAACACAACUCAAAUGAAAAUUGACAUUUAAGGUGUUGUAGGCCAACAACACCCACUAAAGAGCACAAAAGAGGCCCCAAAACUAAUAAGAAAACACACCAAACCCACAAAGACAUAGGAAAUAAAAAAGGAGAAAAACUACUUUCCACAGAGAGGUAAAAAAAUAGACAGAUUUUAGACAAUCUUUACAAAGAUAGCCACAGCUGUGUUCUUGCCACCUCAGCUUCCACACUGGUCUGAAACAGGAGUAUUUAAACAUGGUCUCAUACACAAGUGCAGCUAGAAACAAUGAGUACUCGGGUGUUCUGAUUGGUGUAGAAGAAAUAGGAGAAGACUUGUCAGAGUGUGAUCAAGUUUCUGAUCACAAAACUUUAAUUAAUUAAAUAAAUGCAAUGACAUUCAAACAUUUAAGUGUCCAAAUACUCCUUAAGGGCCACAGAUUUACUCAUUAGCAGUUUAUUUGUGUGUGUUGAACUGGUUGUUCAAUACAUAUUGUUCACAAUCUCAAACAUAUUUAACCUAUGACAGUGUUCGCUUAAGUGUGUGAUGCAAGUCAUUUAUGUUCCGUAAAAGGAAGAUUGUGAGUGUCAAGAAAAUAUGUAAUUGUGCAAUAAGGAAGUGAUGGAGCUUGUCUAAAGACUGUGACUAAAUUAGCAAGAUUUAUUUUUCUAUUUCCUGUUUUAUAUUUAUAGCAUGUGAACUUUAAUGAUUUUUGUAAUUGUGAAAUGUUAUGGUCAUUGGAAUAUUGGAAAUGAGAAGUACAAAUGUAAAUGUUACUCUCUGGGAGAACAGACAAAAUGAGGAAGUGAGGGGCGUAUACAACCACGCAACCAUUUCACACCCCAAUGGAGUGGAAAUGAACCCAUAACUGUGAACCACAUGCCUGAUCUUUACAUGAAUUUAGUGAAUGAUUAGUAAUUUAUUCCAUCAGGAGUUUGUGUGUGUGUGUAAAGCGUAUGUAUGAUUCAUUAAAGAUUUUAUAGUAAUGAU